AUUGUGUGGAGCUUUCAUCAUGGCGGAAGGGUCCGACAACGAGUCGUCGCACCGCGAGAAGGAUCGCAAGAGCAGUCGGAAAGACCGCAGCGAUCGAGACCGUAGUGACCGUGAUCGCAGUGAAAAGAAGUCCAGCCGACGGGAGAGAAAGGACGACGACAAGGACCGAAAAUCCUCCCGCCGUCGCUCGCGAAGUUAUUCGCCGCGGUAUCGGUCCUCCCGUCGGUCCCGUUCCCGCUCAUACGAACGACGCGAUAGCCGACGGGACAGUAGCCGUCGUAGCCGCCGGUCGAGUAGCCGAUCGAACGAUCGAAGCAGACGCUCGUCUCGCCGCAGUCGAAGCCGUAGCGACGAGCGACACCGCAGAUCGCCGUCGGCCGAAGCCGCGAAACCAGCCGCCGUCGUGUCUGCGCCUGCAACGGAUGAUCUGAACGCUAUCCCACCUGUGGACUCGGCACCUCCGUCGAACCAACCCACGAUCACGCAGAUGAUGUUGCAAUACCCGUCCUUGAGCAUUCAAGAGAUCAUGGCCAAGAUGUCACAGAGCCAAAGCACGAUGUCGUCCGUCGUGUCUCUGAAGCCAAUGCGCGAGCUGUACGUGGGAAACCUUCCCCCGAAUGUCACGGCCACGCAACUGCAGGACUUUCUCGGCACGAUCAUCCAGCAAGUCGGAUUGGCGCUCCAAGGUCAGCCCGGCAACCCGAUCUUGAGUACGUGGAUCUCUACCGACGGCAUGUACGCGUUCUGCGAGAUGCGCACGGUCGAAGAAUGCAACUUGGCGCUCAUGCUGAACCAACUGAACCUACUCGGGCGACAACUCAAAUUUGGACGUCCUCGAUCGUUUGUUGGCCCGCCGCAGCCCAUGCCAGUCGUAUCCAACCGCACGCAAACGGCGCUGGUCAACCUCGGCUGCAUUCCGAACCCAAUGUGGUUUGCCGGGGGCUCCGCCGCAUGCGGUCUCAAGGACCCCAACGCGAUCCGCGACAGCCACGUGUAUUUGGACCCAGCGCACAUUCCUCCAGACAACACGUCGAACCGGCUGCUCAUGGUCAACAUCCCCACCGUCCUGACCGAAGACCAGGUUGUGCAACUUGUGGAGCCGUUUGGCAAGCUCGACGCAUUCACCCUCGUCAAGAACGCCGAAGGAGUGUCUGUGGGUAGCGCCUUGUUUGAAUACGAAGACAACAACGUGACGGAAGAAGCCAUGAAUGGCCUCAAUGGCCUCGACUUGGGCGGCCACGUGCUGUCGGUGCAGCGUGCAUCCAAGCAAGGUGUGCUGCCCAAGUACAAGCCAAAGGGGGAAGACAGCGCCAAAGCUACAGUCACCCCGACCCAAGUCAUUGUGCUGGGCAAUAUGGUGCAGCCCGCGGAACUCGAAGACGACGACGAGUUUGCCGACCUCAAGGAAGAUAUCGAGGAAGAGUGCAACAAAUUUGGCAAAGUCGUGGCGCUCGAAGUCCCCCGGCCAAAGACGGGCGAGACCAUUUUGGGUGUUGGCAAGGUGUUUGUGCGGUUUGAAUCGGUGGAAGGCGCCGAGAAGGCGACCAAGGCCUUGACGGGCCGCAAAUUUGGCGGCAACAUUGUCCAAGUCGAGUACAUGUCGCUGGCGAAAUUUGAGACCCAAGACUUUGCCUAGACGCGCGUGGCGGCUCGCGCCAACGAUCGGUCUUUUGUCUAACGUGCAUAGUACAUGCUUCUCUACCUCGUCGAGCUUCACGACCGACUUGUUCCAUUCCACAUAGGAAUCGCAUGCGACGUACCCGCGCUGCUGCCGUCGAGCGUUCGCGUGUGCGGCACGCUGACUCGUCGGUCACGCCGCCUGCCUUUCACGCCCCCGUCAGGCAUGUGUGUGCGAUAUUGCACGAGACAAGUUUGUGUCGAAGGGUUUUGUCGUCCGAGGCAUCGCCGCGUCGUCCCCGGGCUGCGCGUGCUCGUCGACCGCUUGCGACCGGAGCAAGUGGCAAGUUGCUUUGCAGCGGGGCGUUGUGGUCGGUCAUUCGUGACAACGUCUGCCAAGUGGAUUUCAAACGUUUCAAAUUCCAUGUCGUCAUUUUAAAACUGUUGGACAUUCAUAUAAUGUAUCUCUCCGACUCGGCACAG